AUGCUGAUCUAUGUCAGUGAGAAUCUGGGCAGCGGCGCUGGGAGACUAUUAGAUGUUUUAAAAUCUAAGUUCGAGUUCGAAGAAUUGCCAACAGACGGAAAAGUUGGCAUCGAGCAAGUUGAUCACAUAUUGGAACAUGCAACUAGCAAUUACACGAAGAACUUUGUUUUUAAAGGGGACAUGGCGCUAGCGGAGCUUAAACAGCUUGAGAAAAGGCCGUUCUUUUUACAUAUAACGAUAGAUGCUGCAUUAAGAGUGCGGGUGGGCGAAUGGUCAAGCUUAACCAACGAAAAUGAACUAAACUUUGAGAAAUUUCUGACUCAAAGCGAAGCACAGUUGGAAAACAGUCCUGAUUUACCUGUGGUACUGGGCCGCGCCGAUGUGAAGUUUUACAUCAGAAAUUCAGAAAAGCUUGCAUUUGACUUGUUAGUCAAUGAAGUAGAUCGUCAUCUCAAAGAGGCAUGCCAACAACGAGACGUCAGGGUUCCUUUCCACAACACUACGCCACUGAGGCCAGACUGGGAUACGUACUUCAUGAAAUUAGCAACGUUGGCUGCUUCUAGAUCAAACUGCAUGAAGAGGCGAGUGGGAUGCGUCAUUGUUCGCGAUUGCAGGGUUAUCGCUACCGGAUAUAAUGGUACACCUCGCCAUUUGGUAAACUGUCACAGUGGUGGUUGUCCGCGGUGUAAUAGCGGAAACAAUUCUCAACUCAGCAGCUGCUUAUGCCUACAUGCGGAGGAAAACGCGUUGUUAGAGGCUGGUCGUGAUAGAGUAGGGCCUAAUGCCAUCUUGUACUGCGACACUUGUCCGUGUCUGACAUGUUCCGUGAAGAUCGUACAGACCGGCGUUCGAGAAGUAGUGUACUCGCAGAGUUACCGGAUGGAUGAGGCUAGUUUCAAGGUUUUACAAGAGGGUGGGGUCUUGGUGCGCCAAUUCAGUUUUCUAGAGGAGCCUCGUUACUCCGUACUGUGA